AUGAACUCAUCCUAUUUACGAGUAAUAUUACUCUUUGGUGCCAUUAAUCUCUUCUUCUCUAUAUCAACAACCAAAGCUGCAACACUCGGUCAGAUAUUUCGAAUCUGUAGGAAUUUGUGUCCGGGAUGUGACCAUGACUCGUUACAGUUCCUGUUCCGACACAACUUGGUCCGUGCCGCAAGAUUCGAACCUCCUUUGAUGUGGGACCGCAGGCUCCAGAACUACGCCCAAAACUGGGCUAAUCAAAGAAGAGGGGAUUGUGCUUUGAGACACUCUUUCCAAAACGGAGGGUUUACUCUCGGCGAGAACGUCUACUGGGGAUACGGCGCCAACUGGUCUCCGGCCGAUGCGGUGGUUGCGUGGGCCAGCGAGAAGAGGUUUUAUCAUUACGGCUCUAACACGUGCGACCCUGGCCAGAUGUGUGGGCAUUACACACAGAUCGUGUGGAAGACCACGAGGAGGGUCGGGUGCGCACGUGUGGUGUGCAACAAUGGUGGGAUCUUCAUGACUUGUAACUAUGAUCCUCCCGGUAAUUACAUCGGCCAGAAACCCUAUUGA